GGGUCCAUAUCUUCGGAAUCCAUCCCGCCGAAACGGUGUAGUGUCCAUGGGCGUCCUGGAUCCCGUCAGCUGGUUAGGUGGUGUGUUAUCCAUGAGACAUCGAUCAUCAUCCCAACUUUCUUCUUCUUGAGGAGAAGACUUUAUCUUAAACGGUCUUACCAUCGCCACAGGCUUUCCUUCGCACACCGUAGGCAACUUAAAUUUCUGUAGACUCAUUGCUUCUUACACACUGUUUGCUAACAACUGACCUCUCCGCGCGUUCCACAAUUUAAGCACAUAUUGCCAAGGUCAUCCCUUCUGCAUCUCAAGGUCGUUCACUCCUGCAGGGUCACACCCACUCAAGGUCGAGAGUGUUCGAGGUCAUAUAUGUUCAAGGUCACACUUCCAGAUCACUCGGAAACUCAAGGUCACUCGGAAACUCAAGGUCACACUUCAAGGUCACUCUGGAACUCAAGGUCACGUUUCAAGUCACUCGGAAACAUAAGGUCACACUUCAAGGUCACUCGGAAACUCAAGGUCACAUUUCAAGGUCACAUUUCAAGGUCACACUUCAAGGCCACAGGUUGGCACCGAAGGUCAGCUUCCAAGUUCGUUUGGCACCGAAGGUCCGCGCUCAAGGGCGUCCCAGAACAUACAAACCCUAUCUACUAUAGUAGUAGUACUUUUUUUACAGCACAUAAUAGAUGUUCGUAA